AUGUCUAGGAAUCAUAGGAUUUCUGAGGGAUAUGCCUAUGCCAUAUCUACAAAUUGGUAUAGACAAUUUGAGAGAUUCUUAUAAAAUCCAUCAGGUGUUGAUGUUUCAAGAUUUAACAAAAUUCAAAAUGCUAAUAUAGUAUAGAGAUCCAUGAAUAAGUCAGUCUCCUUAAAAUAAUAUUCUCUCCCUACUUAUUAGCAAAUAAACUAUUCGCAUGUUUAUGGGUUGAAACCAGAUGCUUAACAUCUUGUGGAUUUCCGCGUUGUCUCUAUCGAUGUGUGGCACUUUUUUAAACAGUAUUACGGUGCAGACUACGACGUGAUUGUUUUUGUCACUAAACUGCAUCCUCAAAUCAACAACUAUAUCCAAUGCGACAAUUUAGAUGAAGGGUUGUGUGUUUGCAAAGAAAUCAUCAAUAUCAUCUUUGUCAUUAUAUUUCCAAGAAACAUCUCAGUAAUGCAAGCCAUCUUAACGCCCAUAAGUCCUUGGAUGGAUUUAAUGAAACUUCGCACUUUUCUCUUUGCCAUGUACAAUUUGGGAACUGAUACAAUCUAGUUCACCAAUGAAGCUUACAUUUAUUUCAACAAUAAAAAGGUACCCUUUAAAGGCAAUCGAAUACUACACGACAUUGGCAUCAACCACGAUCUUUAGAUUGUUAUGGCGUGCCAAAACUUGUUGAUGCAAGACAUAGAGGAAGAGUUAGAGACAGAUGGAGAAGAACAGUAACUGGAAUAAAAUUUACAUGACAAACAAGAAUUCUUAGAUAUUUUAGAAAAAGCACUUGAUCAAUAGUCUACUUUGCAGCUGAGUAUAAAAUCGAUUGAAAACAUUCAAUAAACUAUAGAGCAAAAUGACUUCUUUUAAAUUUGA